UCCCUCCCGCCCGCCCUCGCUCCUCGCUCGCUCCUUCCCUCUCGGCUGCCCGCCCGCUCCUGCUUCCCGCGGCGCCGGGCCUCCCGCUCCGCCUCCUCGUGCGCGGCUCUCCCGGGCGCGGCUCCGGGGUUCAUGGUGACGAGGCGGCGGCCGCUCAAGCCCAGCGGCGGCGGCGGCGGCGGCGGCGGCGGCGGCGGCGGGAGCUGGGGCGCGGGCCCCGGCCGCCUCUCUCAGAGCGCGGGGCCGGGCGGCGGGCGCGCCCAGGCGGCGGCGGCGGCGGCGAGCGCCCCCCCGCGCCGCGCCCCCGCGCGCCCCCCGCGCCGCGCCCCCGCGCGCCUGGCUUGCGGGGGGCCGGGCCUGCGGGCGACCGCCGCGCCGCGCACCCAUGGACGGCCCGGCCAUCAUCACCCAGGUGACCAACCCCAAGGAGGACGAGGGCCGGGCGCCUGGCGCGGGCGAGAAAGCUUCCCAGUGCAAUGUCAGCUUAAAGAAGCAGAGGAACCGCAGCAUCCUUAGCUCCUUUUUCUGCUGCUUCCGUGAUUAUAAUGUGGAGGCCCCUCCAUCCAGCAGUCCCAGUGUGCUUCCGCCACUGGUGGAGGAGAAUGGUGGGCUUCAAAAGGGUGACCAGAGGCAGGUCAUUCCCAUACCAAGUCCACCAGCUAAAUACCUCCUUCCAGAGGUGACGGUGCUUGACUAUGGAAAGAAAUGUGUGGUCAUUGAUUUAGAUGAAACCUUGGUGCACAGUUCAUUUAAGCCUAUUAGUAAUGCUGAUUUUAUUGUUCCGGUUGAAAUCGAUGGAACUAUACAUCAGGUGUACGUGCUGAAGCGGCCUCACGUGGACGAGUUCCUCCAGAGGAUGGGGCAGCUCUUUGAGUGCGUGCUCUUUACUGCCAGCUUGGCCAAGUAUGCAGACCCUGUGGCUGACCUCUUGGACCGCUGGGGUGUGUUCCGGGCCCGGCUCUUCAGGGAGUCCUGUGUUUUCCAUCGUGGGAACUAUGUGAAGGACCUGAGUCGCCUGGGUCGGGAGCUGAGCAAAGUGAUCAUCGUGGACAAUUCUCCUGCCUCCUACAUCUUCCAUCCUGAGAAUGCAGUGCCUGUGCAGUCCUGGUUCGAUGACAUGACAGACACGGAGCUGCUGGACCUCAUCCCCUUCUUCGAGGGCCUGAGCCGCGAGGACGACGUGUACAGCAUGCUGCAGAGGCUCUGCAAUAGGUAGCCCUGGCCUCGGCCCACCUCCUGCCUGUGCACUCUGGAACCUCUGGCCUCAGGGGACCUGCCUGGCCCCAACUCCCAGGAGCUGAAAGUGAGGAGACUCCAUGCUCCGGGCCACAGGGUGAAUGUGGCCAUGCCUACCUGUUUUGUUUUUUAAGAACAGAAACAACUAUUUUAAAAAGAACUCUUUUAACAAAUUUCAUAAAGCGACAUGCAUUUUACUGGAUUUGCUUUUCUUAAAACAUACCAAAAAGAAAAAAAAAAUGGGGGGAUAAAAAGCUUGAUAUCUAUCAGACUUCCUUUCAACUCUCCUUCCCUCUAAACAGACAACCUAUCCCCAUCUGUCCCAGCUCAGAGCAGCUGACCCAACUCAGAAUCUCUUUCCUACAGGAUGAAGUGCCUUUUUGAAUGUUAUUUUAAGCUGAGAGUUAAUUUUUCUACACAACAUAUUUCCAGACAUCUUUUAGCCUUUUAUUGUCUUAGAUACUCUAAGAAGAUGAACAUGACAAUUUUCUAGAACCUGGUAGUGUGUGUAUGAUGGGGUGGGGGGGAGAGGGAGGGGAGAGAGUCAUUGGAGCCUGUUUCCCAACAGGUGUGACUUUGCUCUGACAACCCGUGGCAUGCUGCAGGGUCAGGCUCCCAUGGACAGGAGUUUUUUGUGACUCUGUCAUUGUCUCCACUCAUUUCUGACCCAGUUUGGAAUGUAUCUGCAAUUGUGUGGCUCAACAUUUUAGGAAACCAUAUUCUUUUAUAGUAUGAUUUCUGAUGAUGACAGAUUUUGUCCUGAGAUCACAUUUCCCCUUGAAAAGUGACAUCACGUCACUUCUGCUUUCACACUACUGCCAUACUUUCUGUGUGUUUUGGUUGUUCUCUUGUUAUUGAUUUUGGUAGAACAGUUACAAGGAACCCUAAAACCCUUGGAUACAAAAAAAAAAAAACCUGUUUAUUGAAUUUUAAUUCCUUUCCUUUCCAAAAGCUGGAUACACAUGGAGCUGUUUGGGAAUUUUC